AUGGGCUUGGCGCACCUGUUGGCCCCGCGCCUGGCCCCCAGCUUGGCGCUACUGCUGGUGGCGCGCUUGGCAGCCAUGCUGGAGCAGCUGGAGGGCAAGCUGCAUGCCACCUGCCCAGCGCUCCGCAUGCGCGGCCUGCCCAUCGACCUGGCCUCAGACGACGGGCCGCAGUACGUGGUGCGCACUGCCCGGAAGCUCCACAGGGACAGGCCAAUGGAGCAGCUGCUGCUCAUCAACAAUGCCGGUGUGCAGGCAGCGCCGAUAGGCGCUCCUGAGCAUGUACAGAGUGCACUCCUCCUCCAGGUCCAGAGGCAGCUGCGGGACCAGCUUGCAGGGUAUUUAUAUUUUUCAAAAUAUAGUCCGGCCCCCCACGAGGUCUGAGGAACAGUGGACCGGCCCCCUGAUGAAAAAGUUUGCUGACCCCAGAGCUGGAGGCUGCUGUUGCUUCCUCCUCCAAUGUAUCACCUGAGGCAGUUGGUUCACGCUGUCUGACAGUAG